UUUCUGUUCCAGGGCUACUUAGAUCAGAUAAUCUUCGAAACAUCGCACCUGAAAGUCCUAGGAUUAGAAUGCAACCUCUCUCACUACGUCGGAGCAAAGAAAAGACAAAGCAAAUACCAUGCCAACUCCACAGAAAACGUAAAAUACAUAAAACAUACCAUAAAUGAAAAUUCCGACUCGCAAAUAGAAGAGUAUUUAAUAGAUAAGUUUUUAAAAUUUAACGGUUUUUGCAUAGCCGGACUCCAUGCUUGUGCCGAUUUGACGGUCGUGGCCUUGGAUUUGUUUAUAAAAAUGGAAAAGGCAAAGGUGAUGGUCAUAAUGCCAUGUUGCUAUCAUAAAAUGGAACAGGAAAAGGGUAGAUUUAGGAAUUUUCCUUUAAGUGAUUGUCUUAAGGAAGUUUUUGAGAAGGAGAAUGGAUUUGAGUAUAUGGCAGUGCCAUUUUUGAGAUUAGGAGCGCAGCCACCCUGCUUAGUUGAAGAUAAUUUAGAAGAUUCGGUGUUUAAUUUACUGGCUAGAGGAGUUUUACAAUUAUAUGCAAAGAAACAUAAUUGCAAAUUAAGAAGAAACAAAAGAAAAGCUGUUAAAACGAAAUCCAUGGACAGAAACUUCGAGACUUACAUACAAGAUGCCUGCACUGGAUUCCGUUUGUCCCACAAUAGUGGACCUAAUACGCUCAAGGAUAAAGUAGAUUCUCCAGAAGCAGGAGAUUUAAGUAUCGAUUUAGACCAAUUAAGAUCGAUUUGGAAGGAUAAUUCAAGCUCUAUGGUUCAAAAGAAGGUCGCCAUUUUUAUUUUAAUCCAAAAUUGUUUGCAGCCAGUAAUUGAGAACCUUAUUUUGUAUGAUAGAAUAGUUUAUUUAAAGGAAAAGGGACUGAAAAAUUGUCAGUUUAAAAGAAUUGUAAAUGAAAGAAUAUCCCCAAGGUGUUUAGCUUUAUUGGCUUGUAAAUAAAAACUAUAUUAACAUUU